AUGGUGAAGCUCGCGCUCAGUGCCGUGGCCCUUUCUCCCCUGCUUGCCAUAGGACGGGCAGUCGCAGUCCCAGUGGAAGAUGUGAUUGGCCGUGACUUGAGCACGGAGACGAUCGAUAAGUCCACGGACGUUCAAGCCAACUCCUCCCUUGAUAUCCGUGAUGCGGCUUUUAAAAACACCUGCUACCACCCAAGUACCGAUGUCUCUGUCGGCACUAUUGGCGGGGCUGUCGCGUGUUCCAAGUUCCUAAAAGGUCUUGAUACUAGACAAUGUCAUGCCAAGCGAGGCGGCCUCGUGUUGUGUGAGGAGAAAGGGACGGUCAUCACGGCUUAUGCCAAAGAUACUUCAGUCUCAUCGUGGUGUAAGCACGUUGCGGCUGGGAUCGAUUGGAUGGUGGAACACUGCGCUACCUGCAAAGGGGAUGACUGCAAAAUUGCCGGUAUGUUGUAGCUCCGUUUUGGAUCAUAUUAUGCUUCAACUUGUGCUCUACGCGGCGUGAGAUGUAGGGAAUACCUAACCGGUUUUCUGGUAUUGAAAUAGGCAUGGCGGCGGCUUAUGGGAACGGAGACUAUCGCAUCAGACUCUCGGGUUAGUAACGCGGCUUGUCUUUUAAGAGGAGGAGUGAGGCGGAUUGUGUAAUGAGGUACAAGCUGGGCCAUUUAAAGUAUAGAUAGAGGCCGAAGGAGGUAGCAGGAUUGACUAAAUGGCUGCUAUCUCAACCAUUUUCUUCCCUUCUUUGGAGAGCAGUCGAUGAAAGGUUACAUUUAGGCAGUUCAGCCCUGUGGGGUCUCAUUUGCCUGUAGUUAAGCUUUUGGUGACAGCAGCCUUGGCUGAGCUUGAUGCCGACGAUCACUUUGUUACCAGAGCUGGAUGCUCGGCUGGCACGUUUUCACACCAUCGGCCAAUGGCAAAAGAGUACCUUCAGGAUCUCACAGGCAACGGGCAUCCCAGCGAUGCCAAGAUUGGAUCCCCGAAGGGAAGAUUGUUCAACGUGUUGCAUGUCCGACGGACCAUGCUAAGGCUAUUCCACAAGAUAUGAUGUGUCGAUAUUGUGAAUGCAUCGUCUCGAAUCCGAGUCAGGACAA